AAUCUAAGUACGAGAUAACCACACAAACAGUGAAAAGGAAGACGAAGUUGUUUAUAUCGUCUUAUGUUACAAGUCACUUAUUUUUCAUAUUAAGGAGAUUUCUCGAACAGGGAUAUAUAUUACAAUUUUCACUUGAAUUCCUCCAUACGACAACUGGUAACACUUGUAUAUUAAAUGAGACAUACGAAUUCCACACCAUCUAGCUUCAGGGACUGCCAGCCUAAUGAAAUAGUUUUUUUAUUCUGUUCUUCAGAGCUGGUGAGUGCAGUGGGUGAGCUGAAGCCAGUAAAUGGGCCCUCUAACACACACAAGCUAGGACAAGAAACAUGGUCUUGUGCCUGGUCUGAGGAUAGCUCAUAUUUUGCAUGGUCCUGUGGAGACAAAUUUGUUCGCCUUGUUCCAUGGGAUAAACAGUAUGGAAGACUAUCCAAAAAGGCCCGUCAAUACUCUGGAUGCUCCACAAGUGAUGUGGAUGGCAUCAGAGUACUGCUAGACGACCAAGACGAGGAACCUGAAUCAGACCACAGGAAGGAACAACGACCUAUAUAUCUUAUUGACUGCAAGGAUUAUGUCUGGUCUGUAGCUUUUGGGUCAAGUCAUUCCCAACAAAAGGACAACAAUCAUUCAUGGAAGAGAGUCAAGAUCAACAAAAGUACCAUCUUGGCUACAGGUCUACAGACAGGGAGAAUUAAGCUUUGGGACUGUAGCACAGGUAACCUUCUGUUGGAGCUGUUGGACCACAAGGAUGUUGUGCGAGAAAUCAGCUUUGCUCCAGACGGCAGUCUUAUCAUGGCUUCUGCUGCCAGAGAUGGCACCGUCAAAUUGUGGGAUUUGACUGAUGAUGGAAACAUGUAUCAGACGCUGAGAACAGGAGCCAAGUGGAAUAACUGCUGUAGAUGGUCCCACAAUGGUAAAUACCUAGCCUGUGUGGGGAGUAACAAAGUGGCAGUGAUUUGGAACAUGGAUAACACAUACAGGCCCCGGGUGUUGAAAGGUCAUUACCAUGACAUCCUGGCAUGUGACUUCUCUCCUGACAGUGCGAUGUUUGCCACUGCCUGUUAUGAUACACGAGUGAUUGUCUGGGAUCCCUACACAGGAGAUGUGUUGUUAGAAUUAGGGCACCUCUACCCCCCUCCCCGACCAAUAUUUGCUGGUGGAGCAAAUGAACAUUAUGUACGGGGUGUCUCCUUCAGCAGAAACGGACUCCAGUUGUGUUCAGUGGCAGAUGAUGGAUACCUUCGUGUUUGGAAUUUGGAGGAUCCCUGUGACCCACAAUACAUAGCUGAGCAUCAGAAUGCCCUAUGCUGUGCAUUUGCCCCUCAGGAUCAAAGAAUCUCAGUAGGUCAUGUUUGUGUUAGUGAACAAGUGCAAGUUGUGGAAGCUGAGAUGCUGGCAGAAAGACAGCUUUCUGGUCCAGCCAAUCACUGAAAUGGCUUUGGCCAAUGAAAAUGAUGGAAAGGCUUCGGCCAAUCAAAGUGCGUGAUUUUGCUGCUUUGAAUCUUUAUUGAUAUAGGUGCAAGGUUUGUAAUACUCCAGGUUUAAAUGUUUUAUGAAUCACUAUUAUCUUUCAGCAAAAUAUGUUGUUUGAACUGUAUUUUAAAUAAAUCUACUUCACUUAUUAUUCAUGUAUUUGAUCAUAAAGUCAUGUUUAAUAAAAUACUGCUUGUGAGAACAUUAAUUUUUGUCAAGGAAUUUCAAAGUGAUUCUAUACAGAAAGAAAAUGUUUUGUAAAAGUGUAGAUCUUAAAAAGUGAAAAGCAUUAAUUACCUGUAUUAUGCACACACACAAAAGUUGAUAUAAAUUCAUACAUUUUAAAAUAUCUGAAAAUCUGGAAAAAUUUUGUUUACCACGGAAAUCUUCCUGCUUGUUUUUCUAGAGAUCGAAUGGGAGGUGUGAUCUUCUAUGCAGUUCCCCGGUGUGUUCCUGGUCUACAGCAGCUGUGUCGAAUGACUGUAAGAAAGAAAAUUAUUUCUAAGGAAGUAGACUUGCUGUGCCUUCCUGUGCGCUUGAAGGAAUACCUUAAAUACCAUGAUCUGGAAUGCUAGAGAGAUUCAGCUAUUCAAAUGACACCUUUUUACCUUCACUGCAUUCAUUUUCAUAUUGUUUACAUAUUGUACAUAUAUUACUGAUCAAUUACAGUAUUACCUUUAUACAUAAAACUAAUCAUGUUUCUUUUGUGGGUUUUGUUUGAUUUUUUUUCUUCUUUUGUUUCUUUUCAUUCCUCAAGUGGUUUUUUUAAUACUUAAUGAUGUUCCUUAAGUGGUUUGGUGGUGUUUUUUUGUGUUUGUUUGGUUUUUUUUUUUUUUUUUUUUUUUUUUUUUGGUAAUUUUUUUGUUUUUAUGUGUCAUUCAUUUUAAUAUUUACAGACUUUACAUGUAAGAAUAAAAUGAUAAUUCAUUAUUGAAAAUAAUUAUUAUAACUGGAUUGGUAUUUCCACUAAUUUUUUUAACUGGAUUGCAAUAAUUUGAUAUUGCAAUAUUUACAAUGACAAAAUAAACUAAGAAGUAAUAAAACCUACAAAUAUCUCAACAUUUAACAAAAAUAACUUUGAAAUUGUAUAAAAACUCAUUGAUUUGUCAGGUAAAAGAGAAAAAAAAUCUAUAAACAAUUUAUAAACUAUAAAAA